CUCCAUUUAGAUGAAUCACAUGCCUCAGUCUGUUUCCCUGUUUGUGCCACCAUGGCUUUCCAAACGCAUGAUUUACCUCUUUGCAAAGUGUUAGCAGUCUGCUUUGCGCUGUGUGGCCUUGCGGCUGUGGGCGAGGGUCGGUUCAGGGGCUUCAGGAAGUUUGAGGUGGUGCAGGGAUCCAACCAGGAAGCUGUGUCUGAGGAGUUGUGGUUCACACAGAAACUGGAUCACUUCAAUGGGGCAGACAGCAGAGUGUGGAAGCAAAGAUACUUUGUAAAUGAGGCCUUCUACAAGCCUGGAGGUCCAGUGUUUCUGAUGAUUGGCGGAGAGGGCCCUGCAAACCCAGCAUGGAUGAAGGAAGGCGCCUGGCUCACCUACGCUGAGAAACUCGGAGCCCUCUGCUUGAUGCUGGAGCACCGUUUCUAUGGGAAAAGUCACCCGACAGCGGACCUCAGCACGGACAAUCUGCGUUUCCUCAGCAGCAGGCAGGCUCUGGCUGACCUCGCACACUUCCGUACUGUGAUGGGGGAGACCCGGGGGCUGACCAACAGGAAGUGGGUGGCAUUUGGAGGGUCCUAUCCGGGUUCUCUGGCUGCUUGGUUCAGGCUCAAGUACCCUCACCUGGUGCACGCCUCUGUGGCCACCAGCGCACCCGUGUUCGCCACCGUCAACUUUCCAGAGUACUUGGAGGUCGUGUGGCGUUCGCUGGCCUCAGAAAAUGCAGACUGCCCUGUGCUGGUGAAAAAGGCUUCAGAUACACUCGUGGAACGCCUUGAGGACCCGAAGACGUUUGAAAACAUCACCAAGGAUUUCAAUUUGUGUUCCCCACUGCAGAUCCAGUCAGAAAUGGACUCGGCCUACUUAUUGGAAAUGCUGGCUGGCAACUUCAUGGAUGUGGUCCAAUAUAACGAAGACAACAGAGGAUUUGAGGAGAAAUGUGCACGCUCAGAAGGACAUGGCCCACAGCCAUCCACCAACUUGGGGGUUGUGGGCACCAACGUAACCAUCAAGGUGCUGUGUGGCGUGAUGAGCGACGCCUCGCUGGGAGAUCCUUACGCCCGCUAUGCCGCUGUGGCCCGCCUCAUGAUGGAGACGUUCUCUGUGAAAUGCCUGGACACCAGCUUCAGUAACUACGUCAGAGACAUGACUAAUACGUCCUGGGAUGGGCCAGCCGCUGGUGGAGGGAGACAGUGGGUCUAUCAGACCUGCAGUGAAUUUGGAUUCUACCAGAGCACAGAUUCCCCGAACCAGCCAUUCAGCGGCUUCCCUCUCGGUUAUCAGGUGAAACAGUGUGCAAGCUUUUACAACAUCAGCGCUGAGGAGGUGGCAGAGGCCGUCGCCCAGACCAACGAGUAUUACGGCGGCUACGAGAUCCGCUCCAGCAGAAUAGUGUUCCCCAACGGCUCCAUUGACCCAUGGCAUGCUUUGGGGAUCACUCAGGACAUCACAGCUGAGCUCCCUGCGGUCUUCAUUAAAGGGACGGCUCACUGUGCUAACAUGUACCCAGCGAGGAGCCAGGAUCUUCCACAGCUGUCUGAGGCUCGGGAUCACAUCUUUCUUCUCCUCCAGCAAUGGCUGAAGUAGUGAUUGAAUGCUCCUUCAGCUUUAAGAAGCAAAUGCAUUAAUCCGGAUCGCUGAAAUUAGAAACGUUACAGUGCUGCCAAAUUUUUAGCUCCUUGAAAUCUUGAAAUGCGCCUUUGCACAAGUCUUAGGUAGAAAAGGUUAUGGUUUUGAAUAUAUUAAACAUGGAGUUAAUAAAGUUUUUUUUUUCUUAUUGAUAUCAAAUUUG